AUGGCAUCUGUGCGACCUCCAGACUCUAUCAGGCCUCUCCCGGUACCUCUAUCGUUCGGAGUCCAUGCAAUAGGCGGAACCGAAAGAGUCAAUCUAGUCGGAUUCACCGUUACAAGGACACGUCGCUUAGGCAUUGUCGACCUGCAUCAGGGUACAGGAGGCGUAGCAGAUCCACCUGUGCGUGACGAAGUUAUCUUUUCGCUUGAUGCUUCAGCGCCGAAGUUGGAAAGGGACCCUGUCAUGGAAAGGAUUCUUUCGAUGCACUCCCGGACGAGAGGUAGCCUCGAGCCCUCUGGCGAGGACUACGUCAAUGAUUUCAGCUUCCGUCGCAAGCAGGAGCUCAAUGAGAUUCUGGCGAAGAUAUAG